AUACCAGGACCACUCAAGAAGAGCCUACUACAAAAUUUGAAGUCAAAUGUUUGCUUUGCCGCUGUUGUAGAUUGGGCGGUUCAGAAUGCGGACCUACAUUCUUUUGGUUAUAAUUUUGAUGCUAAUCUCAGUAGUUGGCAUAUACUCAGCUGCUUUAAAGGUAUCACCAUUCAACAUUGACUUUCCAAAGUUCUAUAACAAUUUAUGUUUUCGAAGGCGACGCACAACGCGAGAUCGCAUUGCUGUCCACGGCUAUCCUGUGGAGCAUCACCAUGUCGCCACUGAGGAUGGGUACAUACUCGGAGUCUUUCGUAUACCCCAUUCCCAUAAGUUGCAGAACCAAAAUGAAUAUCGUCCAGUUGUGCUCAUUCAACAUGGUAUGAUGGGUGGUUCGGACGCAUGGAUUUACGUUGGCCCAGACAAUGGCUUGCCAUACAUGCUUGCAGAUGCGGGCUUUGAUGUUUGGCUGGGUAAUUCUCGUGGCAAUACUUACUCAAGGAACCAUUCUUCACGUUCCACAUUUUAUCGAGACUUUUGGAAUUUCAGCUGGCACGAGAUUGGAUUCUAUGAUAUGCCCGCCAUGAUCGAUUACGCCUUGGAUACCAAUGGUCAGGGACAGAAGUCCAUACACUAUGUGGGACACUCACAAGGAACAACUGUAUUUUUCACACUAAUGUCCUCACGUCCAGAAUACAAUGAGAAGAUAAAAACGGCUCACAUGUUUGCUCCAGUUGCGAUAAUGGCACACAUGCAAAACAAAUUAGUGCGUGCAGUGGCACCGUGUCUUGGACAUGUGAACCAAUGGUCGCAUUUAUUUUCAAGCCGGGAGUUUCUACCAUUCAAUAGCUUUCUAUUGACCUUCAUAUCUUUUUUAUGGGAGCCUCUUCCGCGAAUAAUUUGUGUACAUUUUCUAAAAAAGUUUUUUGACACUGGUAGAUGGAAUUUGUCAGCUCUGGCAGAAGGAUUCGGUGAGCAGCCGGCUGGCUGUUCCACAAAUCAAAUAUUGCAUUAUAUGCAAGAACAGCAAUCGGGCCAUUUUAGACUGUACGAUUACGGCACCAGGAAGAAUCUAGAAAUGUAUAAAUCAGAGCAGCCACCAGAUUAUCCGGUGGAGAAUAUAACCGCAAUAGUGCACUUGUGGUAUUCCAAAAAUGAUGUUAUGGCCGCAGUGGAGGACGUGUUGGCUCUGGCGAAUCGCCUGCCCAACAAGGUGUUGCAUCAAAUUAAGGAUCCUAGGUGGGAACACGAUGAUUUUGCGCUAAACUUGGAGAUCCGUGAUUAUGUAAAUAAGCCAGUCGUUGAGAUUAUACAAAAUUUUGAAAGAAUUAAGAAUGAAAUUUGAUUAUCUUCAUUGAUAUUUUAUCUAUAAUCACGUAUAAAUUAAAAAAUCUGUAAUGAGAUCGAAAACUUUC